AGACAGGGGUCCCCAAAGUGGUCGAUAAGAAGGUCCCCAGGGGUCGCUUAAUACACGAGGGUUGAAAGGGGGUCGAUUAAUACCAAAGGGGAUCAAUUAAACUGUCUAGGGAAAAAAUAGAAUAUUCCAAUAAAAAUUCGAAAUAUGGAUAUGAUCAACAUUACUGACUACCCUAGUUAUAACUUGAGAUUUUCCUUAGCCUUUGCCGCUUUAAGCAUGUGUUACUCUGUUUUCACACAUCUGGCAACUGUACUAGUGUUGCAAACAUGUUAUGAACGCUGGUAGUUCAUUAUACACAGAUAUGCGUUGCACUGUUACACUGUACUAGGGUUGUUACUAAGUAUUUUAUAUCUAAAUGUAGAUAUUUUGUCCUUUACAAAAAAAAUAUUGUAAUAAAUCGAAAAUCAUUAUCCCUUUACUACCACCAUCUUAUUUACGUUUAUUUUGUAAACUGCCCAACAGCAAUAUAGGUCAGUCAGGCGAUAUUAUUUAAAAAAUUCACCAAAAAAUCAAAUUAUCAUUAUGUUUAUAUGAAAAAAAUCACGUACUUUUAUUAAUAUCUUUAGUUUAAUAGUUUAGAAUAAUUAUAAUUCCUUCCAAUUCUAAAUAUCUAUUCUUAGCAAAAGAUGCCAACCCUGCACUCUUAGAAUAAACAGGCAGUUCUUUAUAGCUUGUGCUGGAGUAAGUUGUGUCUCUUACUACUGCUGUUUUGUUGUGCUGCAAACGUAUUGUGUUUUUCAUAUUAAAAAUCUGAUUUUAAUACCCGCAAUGUCGACUACCAAUGCUAAGAAAUGCAGACAAUAUUCACAGGAGUAUUUGAAAUAUGGUUUUGUGCCAUCGUUUGCUAAUGAAACUAUUCCUAUGUGCUUAUUAUGUGAAAAAACUUUCAGCAAUGAUGCUAUGAAGCCGGCGAAAAUGAAAGACCACUUGGAAAGGAUCCAUUCUGACAAGAAAAACAAAGAUUUUGAGUAUUUCAAAAUACUAAAAGAGAAAUUGAGAGUUCGGCCAAAUUUGAAUACAUAUUUGAAGUCAUCCGCUAGUGUUGAUAGAGAAGGAGGACUGAAGACAUCCUACAGCAUCUCUCUUAAUAUUGCAAAGAAAGGCAAACCGUAUACUAUUGGUGAAGAGAUUAUAAUACCAGCUAUAAAAGAUGUAAUUGAAAAUGUUAUGAAGAAAGACUCCCAACUAGUUUUAAAAUGCAUACCAUUAAGUGCCAAUACUGUGCAACGACGUAUCGAGGAAAUGGCCGAUGAUGUGGAAAGAACUUUGACCUCUGAGCUCCAGCAUUGUAAGUUUGCUAUUCAACUUGACGAAUCAACUUUCGGAAGUUCAAAUCUUCUCAUGGCUUAUGUUAGAUUUCAUAGUCCAUCCCUGAAUGACACUGUUGAUGAAUUUCUAUUUGCUAAAUAUCUUGAAACUGAUUCAAAAGGUGAGACAAUUUUUUUAUGUUUGCAAGAUUAUUUGAACAAGCACAACAUUCCUUUCGGGAAUAUUACCGCAGUAGCUACUGACGGUGCACCUGCUAUGGUAGGCCGUUACAGAGGAUUUUUCGUCUUUCUGAAGAAAAAGGUUCCCAAAGUACAUACUGUUCACUGUGUCCUACACAGGCAGCAUCUUGUAGCCAAAAAACUGAGUGGCGAACUUCAUGAUACUCUAAAAGUGUGCAUCAGGUCAAUAAAUAAAAUUAAAGCUCAUCCUCUCAAUUCCAGACUGUUUGCGAAGUUAUGUGAAGAAAAUGAUGACACUUUCAACCAAUUACUUUUGCACACCGAGGUAAGGUGGUUGUCAAGAGGUGAUAGUUUGUAG